CAGGCACAGACGUGGGCACCAGCCCCCGCGCCCGCCCUGUGGUCCGGUCCCAGCGCCGGCGCCGGUGUGGAAUCACCUCUCUGAGCUGUCCCAGCUGCGGGAGAGCAUCCAGCGGGCUUCCGCGAACCCAAGGAGGCGCAGGCCUGUCCCGGGUGCCCGCAGGUCUGCGUGUCUGUCUUCGCCAGCACUCUGCGAGGCCUGAGAAGGAGGAGCAACCUGUCCAGGAUCCCCACAGGACAGGAAAAAGAGGGGAAAUCUCAACGAUGGAAAAACUCUACAAUGAAAAUGAAGGAAUGGCUUUGAACCAAGGAAAGAUGGAAUAUGAGGAACAGCCACAGCAUGAGGGAAAACCAGAACGUCUGGAAAAUAAGAAUUUAGAAAAUGAAGGAAAGACAGAAAACAAGGGAAAGACAGAAGAUAAGGAACUAGAGAAUAAAGAAAAGCCAGAGGAUGAGGGAAAGGCAGAAGAAAAAGGAAAGCCAGAGGGUGAGGGAAAGUCAGGGAGUGAGGGAAAGUCAGAGAGUGAAAGAAAGCCAGAAAGGGAGAGAAAGCCAGAGAAGGAGGAAAAUCCAGAGAGCAAGGGACAGCUGGGGUGGGAGGGAGAGCCAGAGAGGGAAGGGGAGCCAGAGAGCGAUGGAGAGCCAGACAGUGAGGAAGAGCAAGAGAGUGAAAUAAAGGCUGCAGGAAAGCGCCCAGCUGAGGAUGAUAUACCCAGGAAAGCCAAAAGAAAAACCAACAAGGGGCUGGCUCAGUACCUCAAGCAAUAUAAAGAGGCCAUCCAUGAUAUGAAUUUCAGCAAUGAGGAUAUGAUAAGAGAAUUUGACAAUAUGGCUAGGGUGGAGGAGAAAAGGAGAAAAAGCAAACAGAAGUUAGGGGCAUUUUUAUGGAUGCAAAGAAAUUUACAGGACCCCUUCUAUCCAAGGGGCCCAAGGGAAUUCAGGGGUGGCUGCAGGGCCCCACGAAGGGACACUGAAGACAUUCCUUAUGUGUAGUGUCCCUGACAGGCAUAUACCAGGCCCUUUAACCUUAUGCUAAUAUUUUGCUUUAGGUGUCCCUCCUGUUACCCUUACCUGUAGCCUUUUUACCCAACUGCAGUGUUUGCUCUAGGUUUCAGUAGCAGAUUUUCACCCAUGUGCAUUGCAAAGAUGUUAUGAUUCUUGAAAAAAUAAAGCAGCUUAUACUAUCAUCUA